AUGUCUACGUCAAGCAAGAUCCCUGCUCAGUACUCAGUCGACCUCUCGACCAACCCUGCCUCAUGGCCUGAUCCAAACCAACCAUCAUCUGGCUUCAUCGACGUCAGCAAAGUUGAUGUUAUCUUCAUCAACCUCAAUGCAGCCUCUGACUUCCAUCUUCUCCGCACUGGUACCAAUGAAUCAAUUGGUUACGCAAUCACUCAAGUCACCAAACACGUCGCCCGCGGUCUUUACCGGAUUGUUAUGGUUUUGUCAACAGAGAAAUCUCGGGAUGAGCUUAUGUGGAAGAACGGGUUUCCCUGGGACAAGGAGGAUGAUCUCCAACCUGAGGUGGUCCUGAAGUGA